UCAAACAAGUUUCUGAGCAGCGCUUUGAGAACUCGGCUAGUCAGUAUCGAGCUACCCAUUACUAGUGUGCUGUUAUGAGACACUCGCACUGCGACUUCUUCACAGCCACAAAAUCAAGCAAAGGUGCGGUAGGGCUUUCCCAUUUCACUUGGCCAUACACUGAGGUGUCUAAUGGCCUCCAGCUCCUGUAUGUCCAUGUGAGAAGUGAAUCUGAAAAGAGAAGGGCAGACAUUUAAAGAGAGAGAAGAGUUUCCCCACAGAGCAUGGCGUCUGCUAAAGAAGAUGAUGUUGAUGAAAGAACGGUGGACAUUAAAGAAGAGGAUUGUGAGUGGCUCACACCAGAGGACGUGUGUGUGAAGCUGGAGGAUCACGAGGAAAGAAUUUCAGUUUUUAAAGAGAAGGAGGAGUGCAAGGAGGUGACUUCUGCCAUUAAAGGUGAAGAUUUGAAUGAUUUCUCAGGUGGUCUUGAAUUUCAAAAGUUUGAAACUGGGGAUAUUUCCAAGCAAGGUGCCUGUGAAGAAUCUCCAUACAGUUUACAGCACUGGUCCACUAAUACGGGACGAUUGGCUACGCAGGAGAAUUCUGCAGUGCUAAAAUCAGAGUUAUCAGAAUCUGAAGAGAAAAUCACUGAGGAAAAUGGGAGAGAUGGAGAAGAGUCAACUGGGAGUGUUGGAAUAAAUAUACAGAAGAACGGCAGCUUCUCUCCACCUUCAUUUGGUCAGCCCUCUCUUCAAUACAAUGAGAACGGUAUGAAGAAAUCAGCAAGAGAAUCAGAGAACCAGAUAGCAGCCUAUUUGCAGUGCAGUUCUCUCCCUGCUACUGGAGCAACACAGACAGAAGCCAUGAAAACUGAUAGACAACAAGUGGAGAAAGAAAUUGAAAUUCAUACUGGAGAAAAAUGUUGUUUGGAAUGCGGCAAACAAUUCACAUACAAAAGUGGUCUUAAUAGGCAUAUGAAGAUUCACACACGAGAAAAACCUCAUUACUGUUCAGAAUGUGGUAAGUCGUUCUCAUGUAUAAGCUAUCUUCAGAAACACAGAAUAAUCCACACAGGACAAAAACCUCAUUGCUGUCCAGAAUGUGGUAAAUUGUUCUCAAGGAGAAGCAAUCUUCAGAGGCACAGAAGAAUUCACACAGGAGAAAACCCUCAUUGCUGUUCAGAAUGUGGUAAAUCGUUCUUAAGGAGAAGCAAUCUUCAGAGUCACAAAACAAUUCACACAGGAGAGAAACCUCAUUGCUGUUCCGAAUGUGGUAAAUCAUUCUCAUGGAAAAGCAGUCUUCAGUGUCACAAAAAAAUUCACACAGGAGAAAAACCUUAUAGUUGUCCAGAAUGUGGUAAAUCGUUCAUAAGGAGAAGCACUCUUCAGAGUCACAGGAGAAUCCACACAGGAGAAAAACCUUAUUGUUGUCCAGAAUGUGCCAAACAAUUUUCUGACAAACGCAGUUUUCAAAGGCACAUUGAAAUUCAUACCUGAGAGAAGCCACAUUGCUGUUGUCAAUGUGGAAAUAAAGUUUUAAACAUUAGCUCCUUUCAAGUAAACGCACAAGCUCCCAGUAAAGCGAAAAUCCAGUAUUUAUGUUCUGAAUGUGGCAAAUGUUAUACAAGCCAGAAAGAUCUUUAUCAACAUGCCAAAAUGCAUACUGAAGAAAAAUCUCAUUGCUCUUCUGAAAGUGAGAAACAAUUCUUAUAUUUAAGUGUAAUUCAGUGCCACAUCAGAACUUUUACUAGAGAUAAACCUUAUUGUUGUCCUGAAUAUGAUAAGCAGUCCUCACAACAAAGCACCAUCACAAGUCACAUCAGAUGUCACACCGGAGAGAAACCUCACCUUUGCUUGGAAUGUGGCAAACAAUUCCCACACAUUAAUUCUCUGUAUAAGUAUACAAAAGUCAUACUGGAGAGAAUUCUUACGAUUGUACUGAAUGUGGAAUGUCAUUCUCAUAUAACAAUUCCUUCACAAUCAUAAAAUAAUUCAUUCAGGUUAGAAAGCAAAGCUGUUCUGAAUGUGGCAAGCUUUUCUUAGACCGCACAACUCUUAAAGAUCACAUGAGAAUUCACUCUGGAGAGAAACCUAAUUGCUGUCCAUAGUGUGGCAAAUUAUUCUCAUGUCCAAACGCACUUAGUUGCCACAGAAGGAUCCACACUGGAGAGACACAGUACACCUGUUCUGAAUGUGGUA